AUGCCCGCGCUCAGUUUGCCAGUGGCUAUGGCCGCUCGUAUGCCCCUGGCCCAGCUGGGGGAGGGCAUCAAGGAGUGCGAGCUGGUGCAGUGGUUUGUGGCGGAGGGGGACGAGGUGGAUGAGUUUGGGCAGGUGUGCCAGGUGCAGCACGACAAGGCGUCAGUCGACAUCACUUCCCCCUACGCGGGGACGGUCAAGAAGCUGCACCAUGCUCCCGGCGACAUAGUGCAGGUGGGGGACGUGCUGGCAGACAUCCUAGCCAAGGGCGGCGAGCCGCUGGAGCUUCACUCCCCGCCGCUAGAAGAGGCCGCAAGCGCCGCGGGAGCUGCGCAGCAUGCGCCCCACACGGGCAGGCGCGAGGCGCUGCGCCCCAGCACCAGCGGCAGCAUCGGCGGCGACGAGGUGGCGGACCGAGUGCUCACCUCGCCCGCGGUGCGGGCCAUAGCGCGGGAGAAGAGCAUCCCGCUGGAGCAGGUCAAGGGGACGGGCCCCGGCGGGCGGAUCACGAAGGGCGAUGUGCUGGCAUACCUGGAUGCCCUGAGCUCGGCCGGGCCCGGCACGAUCGGCGAGGCCGCCAGCGUGCCCACCACAGAGGAGGCCACUGUGGCCGGUGUGCCGCCAGCCUCGGCGCACAUUGCGCAGCCCACGCACCCCCACCCGCACCCUUCAUACCCCACUCCCGAGGCGGCCGCGGCGGCCAAGGCGGCGGCAGAGCUGGUGCUGGCGCCGCUGGUGGUGCCACUGCGAGGGUACCGCAAGGCCAUGGUGAAGAGCAUGACGGCGGCAGGCCAGGUGCCGCACUUCCACUACUGCGACGAAGUGCAGAUGGAUGCGCUCGUGGAGCUGCGGCAGCGGCUGAAGCAGGACCCCGCGCUCAACGGCACCAAGCUCACCUACAUGCCUUUCUUCCUCAAGGCGGCGGCGCUGGCACUGCGCGAGUUCCCCAACGUCAACGCCAGCCUCACGCCUGACCAAGCCGCCGUGCUGCAGCACCGGCGGGCCAACCUGGGGGUCGCCAUGGCCACGCCCCACGGCCUGGCCGUGCCCAACAUCAAGGAUGUCCAGGACAAGACGGUGCUGGAGCUGGCUAUGGAGCUGUCACGCCUGCAGGCUGCCGCCGCCGCCAACAAGCUGGGCGUGGACGACAUCACCGGCGGCACCUUCUCAGUGUCCAACAUCGGCGCCAUCGGCGGCACCUACGCCACCCCCCUGGUCAACCCGCCAGAGGUGGCCAUCAUGGCGGUGGGCUCGGUGCAGCGCCUGCCCCGCUUCGCGGCCGACGGCAAGACUGUGGUGCCGGCCUCCAUCAUCAACCUCUCCCUGGGAGCAGACCACAGGGUGGUGGAUGGCGCCACUCUGGCGGGCUUUGCCCGUUGCUGGCGUCACUACAUUGAGAGCCCCGGCAUGCUGCUGCUGCACAUGAGGUAGCGCCGGAGAAACAGGCCGACAGUACUGCCUAACUGUACUUCGCAGGAGGCUGUACUGCCAGCUGCAGCGGCGAGCACCAUCAGAGAGCCGCCCCGGCAGCUGGCCUCGCUUUCCGAUUUGAACUCCCCUUGCAUGUACAGUAGCACGCAGCCUGUGCAGCCUGUACUGCCAACUGUUGUUACUUUUUGUAACUUUUCAUGACU